UGGGCUGCGGGUAAACUAAACAGAAAUACAGUGAGCUGCAGUGGGUUUCGUGAGUUUCCCGGAUCCUGCUGAAGUCGCUGGAGAUUGAGAAGCACUUUUUUUUUUUUUUAAAGCCAGAGUGCGGUUACUGACUUUAUAAACGCGACGAGCAGAAAAUUAGCCUCGAAAUCCUGCAGUGGACUUCAAUGGCAGCGCGGAGCCGCAGCAGGGUAACUGAUCCUGUGCUAAUGGGGUUUAAGCGCUGGAGCUGAUCUGCGGGACUUUAUAGCGAGCUCAGAGAGUGAUGAGAGAAGAGCAGCUGCUGCCCUCGCGGCUGGCGGCUCAGUAAGGCCGUGGCUCAGCAUGGCACAGGGUGCGCCGCAGUUGGACUACCACGUCCUGCAAGACCUGAAGCAGCGUUUCCCCGAGAUCCCAGAGAACGUCGUGUCCCAGUGCCUCCUGCAGAAUAACAACAACCUGGAAGUGUGCUGCCACCUGCUGGCUCAGGAGAGCAGUCGCUACCUUUACGAGGAGUUUCACAGCUCGGAGGACGUGCACCUGGGCCGCAACCGCAUGCUGCACAUUAGCGUCGGCGGCUUCCCCCCACCCGACAACGCCAACGCCAACUCCAACACUGGCUACCCCACCUACUUCAUAGGCGACCAUGGGCGCUCGGCCAGCACGCCCACCCCUCCGCCCACCGUGCAGGGCAUUUCUCCGACCUAUACCCCCGUGCCCUCCCGCUACAUGACCCCUAUCACUCUGGCGCUGUCCUCUAACAUCCCGUCUGCCCCUCAGGCGCUUCAGAUUCCUCCUGGCGCGUACGGGAACAGCGGGGGCACCCUGUAUAUGCGCCCUUCUCCUUCCCAGAGCCCUCAGCCCUCGCCCUGGGCGUCGUCCAGCACGCCCGUGUACUCUCCCUCGCCCUACAGCACUCCCCCAUACCAGUCGCCCUAUAGCUCGCCCCAGCACCACGCCUUCUUACCCAUCAGCCCUCCUACCCUGCCCACCAUGCCGUACCAGCACGUCCCCUACAGGGGCUACAUCCCCACCAAAAGCGCCAUGAAGAACCAGAUCGAGAUCACGCUGGAGGGGCGGCAGCGCAGUAACUCGCCCAUUCACACCUCGCAGGGGGCGCUGUACAUGCCCAACAGCCCCUCCCCGAGCUCUCCAUCCAGGGCCAUCAGCAUGGCUCCACCCUCCGGCACCUCCUUUCACUCAAGCAUGUACCUGAGCAGCGCGCGUCCACGCCCCGCCUCUUCACCGCAGCCAGCGAGCUCUGCCUACAUCAAGAUCAAAAUGGGGCAGGGCCAGCAGCAGCAGCUGGUGUUGGGAUCCGGAUCGCCGUCGCCUCCUGUGGAAACGGAGUCGCUCCUGCACAUCGUGGACCAGGGCGAGAAGCACGGCGCUCCCGCCCCCAUCCUACCCAUCUCGGCCACGCCCGCCGGCGCAGGCGGCGUCAGCCACGUCAACCAAAUGCCCCGGCGCUCCAGCUCUGGCUCAGACGACUACGCCUACACCCAGGCCCUGUUGCUGCACCAGCGUGCGAGGAUGGAGCGUCUGCUGAAGGAGCUGCUGGCAGAGAGACAGAAGCUGGACCAGCUGAAGACUGAGGUCAACGACAUGGAGCAUGACGCCCUGCAGAGGCGCUUCAGGCGCGUCAACAGCUCCAGCUUCACCCCACGGCAUGAGGAGAUGACCAGGAUCCGGACGCAGAACAGACAGCUGCAGAUCGACAUCGACUGCACGCUGAAGGAGACGGACCUGCUGCAGUCUCGAGGCAAGUUUGACCCAAAAGCCAUGAACAACUUUUACGAUAACAUCCAGCCGGGUCCCGUCGUCCCGCCCAAAAAAGAUGGAGUUGGAGCAGGAGGAGGAGGAGGAGCAGGUGCAGGAGGAGGAGCAGGACCGAGGCCGAAGCCGGCUCCACAGCGAGACGAGGACUUCGAGGGCGCCCAGUGGAACUGUGAGAGCUGCACUUUCCUCAACCACCCGGCUCUGAACCGCUGCGAGCAGUGCGAGAUGCCGCGCUACACCUGAAAACCCCGCCCCUUUCAGCACGGCACCGCCCACAACUCGACCCUCAGCCCUUCGACCUCACGCCUCCUUUUCCCCAUCAUGCACCUUUCCAGGCUCUGCUUGAAGGAGCUGCAACCAAACCUGUGUACCCCUUUAUUAAGCCCCACCCCCCAACGUCGGGCCUAAAUUGGGCCACACCCUACCCCCCGUCCCCCCCCACCCUUCCCACCCUACCCUCAUCUGUGCACUUGAUCUAACCACUUUUUCUUUCCUACUGAAAAAUGAUCAGGCGAGCCUAAGCGAACAAAACGGGGACUGGUCGGCUUCGGAGGAAACUGAAUCGAAGAGGGCGUGGUUUCACUUGAAGGGAGGGAGGUAGGGUGGGAAAGAUAGAGAGAGACCGGGCGUGGCCACUUUCCCAGGCAGAAAGAGACAGCCGUGUUUACGCGUAGACGGGAAGCCGAGCCGAGCCGACCGGACUUUAUUGUAGCCGUCACACUGUAUGCGCUGGUGGAGAGUGAAGAACACUAAGAGACAAAAGUGCACAUGCAUUCUGUCCUACCUGGUACUUUUAAGCAUAUUAUGCCAUACUGUAUUCUGUGUUAAAAGGUGUUGAUUUAUUUCCUGUGCAAAUGCAUCACGUUGCUGUACUUAAUAAAGGAGUUGAUUCUAUGUGAUGACA